AGCUAUUUUAAAGCUGAAUUUCCCAUUGCAUCAGAUGUUUUAUACACACUAUUGCAGCGUCUUUUAUUGCCAAUUUAGGGUGUGUCCAGAUACCAGCCACUAGAAGGUAACUGAGCUAGUGGCUAAGGUUAGGCCAGUCUGUGGUCUGAGAAAAACUUGUAAUGAGCAGCAAGGAGGAGAGAAAAUGUUAAAAUCAAUGCUUGGUUGCUGCAAGGUGUACAUAUCUGAAAGCAGAAAUAGGCUUGCACUGGAGUCAAUUGAGCGAGCUGCUAAGCGAUUCUCGGAAGCACCCAUUGUCAAUAAGUUUGAAGAUGAAACUUACAACAGAGUUGGCUACACUCUUGUCUCUAAGCUGGCUCCAAAGCCAUCUGGGGACCCUUGUCCCUUGAGGAUGGCUGUCCUUGCCAUGGUUAAGGCUGCUUUUGAAACCAUUGACCUUGAGUCGCACUGUGGAAGUCAUCCCCGGCUUGGAGUUGUGGAUCAUAUAUGCUUUCACCCCCUUCUUGGUGCUUCGUUGGAACAGAUGGCUGGUGUUGCAAACUCCUUAGCGGCAGAUGUUGGCUCUAGUCUUCAAGUUCCUACAUUUCUAUAUGGAGCUGCCCAUGAAGAGAGGAGGGCACUUGAUUCAAUUAGAAGAGAGCUCGGUUACUUCAAGCCAAACUCUAGUGGAGAACAGUGGGUUGGGGGUCCAAAAUCGGAAUACUUGGCACUGAAGCCAGACAAAGGUCCCCCUAAAGUGACUCAAGAGAAAGGUGUCAUUGUGAUUGGAGCAACCCGGUGGGUGGAUAAUUAUAAUGUCCCUGUCCACUCUACUGAUAUUGCUGCUGUUCGUAGAAUUUCGAAACGUGUGAGUGGCAGAGGAGGUGGACUUCCUUCAGUCCAAGCAAUGGCCCUUACGUAUGGUGAAUCUGUCACGGAGGUAGCUUGCAAUUUGUUGGAACCACAGGAAGUGGGAGGAGAUAGGGUUCAGCUUGAAGUUGAGAGGCUUGCAAAGGAAGAAGGUUUGACAGUGGGGAAGGGCUACUUCACUGAUCUUUCUCAAGAAAAAUUAAUCGAAAGGUAUUUGCAAUCAGUUUCUGCCUGAGCAGAAAUGAAAUAACAACUUGGGCUACUUCAGUCAUACAGAUUCUUUAGUUGUUUGCAGUCAGUUUCCAGUAUGUGAGCAGAAAUGAAACAAGAACUUGGGAUAGUUCACUGUCAUAGAGAUUCACAAGUUAUCGACUUGCAUCUUAUAUGAACAGAAUUGAAAUGUGAAGAUUCAAAUUGAGCAAAUAGGUAUCUUUACAAGGCUGUGGAUCUACAUAUAGUUAGUUUAUUACUGAUGUCUCAUCUUUGAUACUUUAAGCUCCAAGAGAAGAAUGCCUUAUGUGAGUUCUGUCAUAUUGAGGCUGAUUUACAUGUAUGCAGUUUUGCCUCGUCAAAGUUUUUGUCACAAUGUAAAAUUCAAGGUAUCUCUUUCGAGAAUGUGUUGGAUUUCCCAAAAUGUAUUGGAUCAUCACCCACAAUAGUGAUGAGACUUCUGAACUUGUACUGUAUGAGUGUAUGGCUGAAGUUUCUCCAUCUGUCUCUGUCAAGUCAUUGUCCAAACAUGUCCUUAUAUAACAUUCAUCUUUGCCCUUGCAGUUGGAAUAAAUAUAAU